UCGCUAACAGUAUCUUUUCGCUUUGCCCUUUGGUUAGCAUUAGUUUUCUUAACAAGGCGUGCUUCUCUACUUCUCUUGCAUGUCUCUCUGUCGCCGUCAUUGUCUGGUCUCGUCAAAGCUGGAUCCAGUCGCCCGCGGGUCCCUGGGCGACCAAAACGAGCCAGCGCCGUGAUUCGGCACCUGCGGACGAGAACAAAAGACCUGGGCGUCAUUGCUGUGCCUGUAAGUGUGCGGGACGCACGCAGCGGGAGAGGCCGCCGAGGGAGCGAGCAGCGGAGAUAGCGCGCGAGUCGCCGGUAAGCGGAGCGCUCGAGAGAGAAAGAACAACUUCGCCUCGGCGCAAACUUCUCGCCCACCUCCGACUAUUGCGCUCAUUCUUAUUAACUUCAUCUUUUCUCUCGUUAUUUUGUGCGAAAGUUGCCGCGCGAUGCCCGAGCCGAACCGAGCGGGUGGUAACGCCGGCGACGCCAUAGUGGUGAUGGCGGUGGAAGGAGUAAAUCCCUGGUUAUGUUUGUGCCGAGGAAGUGGGAAGGAUACGGGGAGUCCGAAAAUGUGGAGACAGGGUGGGAAAAUGCUUCGAAGCGACUGGUAACUAC